AUGCGGAGCUUGAAUCUUACUUUGUUCUUGCUCGGACACUCUCUCAUCGGCGGAUUCGCCGCAGACGCAGGAUCCGCACUUUCAGGCACAAAGCUCCCUGCUUUACAAGCCCGACAGGGCCCCAAGGACCUCAAUGACGCCCUUUUGGAAUCCGACAUCUCCAAAGCUCCAAUUCCGCUGCCCCAAGACCCAGACAAGUGGCUCGCGGAGCAUCCCGAGGCCGCCAAGGACCCGGCCGUCGCUCUUGCCAACGAAGUCGACAAUCCUUUCAACGGACGUCAACCCCCUUCCGGCAGUACCGAGAAGGAUCAGCAAUCAACCAAUAACUCUAAUGUAGCACCUUCCAACGACAAAGAAUCUCAUUCUCCGCCGGACAUGCAGCAGCCGACGACCGAGCAAACCCCGGAAGCUAGUAGUACCGGAGAUUCUGCCACGACACAGCCACCGGCUUCGGCUAGUACCCCCUCGGGGCUUCUCCCAUGGUUGGACGGCGAGGGUUGCAAAGACGUGUCAGAGCGGUGUCUUGGAACGGACGACUGGUGCACGAACCAUUAUCGCUCUGCCCUCAACGACAAUGUAUCCCAGUGCUUUGAGAGACGUGGGUUUUUCUUGCAGGCGUUUGAAGAUGCCAUUGCGAAGGCUCUUGAAUCGGAAGCUGAAGAGGCAGUGUUUAACGCGACUUCCGGAGUAUCUCUAGAUACUGGAAUUCGGGAGCUUGCCAAACAAGAUGGGACACAGGCGUCGGCCAAGAACGCCGCCGAGAGCGCGGCUCGGCGAUUCCUUCAGCUGGUGGAUCAGAAACUGGAGGCGAGUGUUAAUCAAGGGGUGGAUAAAGCUCUUGCACGAUUUUCAUCGCAGUAG